AUGGACAAGGACCAUGAACAAUUCAGGAUAUAUCUCCUUGGCGAGACGGAUUGCCGUCACGGUGUUGGGCCCUUCGACUUCUUCGCUUCUGGCUGGUUCAUUGAUACCUACACCAUUCCCUGGCAGAAUGGUCUCCGUUAUGAGAGGGCUACCCUCCUUAAUAUCACAGAGGAGUUGCGCUGCUAUAUUCUUAGCUUCCUUCCGUACAAUCAAAUCUUACGCUGCGCAUCGCCUACGUUAAAGCUUUGCCGAACGAUGCACACGACAGUGAAAAACUCUGUGGAUCUACAAUACGCUAUCGAACUUGGUGCCCAAGGAUUGGUGCAGGUUCAUCCUCCUAUUGUCUCCAUAGCGGAGUGCUUGCGCAUUCUGAGAGAGAAGGCGAACGCAUGCAUCCUCGACAAUUUGGCUUUGCGUCUCAUUCCGCAGAGGUUAAGUGUGACUUUAUCAACGGGCAAGGAACAUCUCUCGGCCAGUGGAUCCCAGCUGGUUACUGUGACUAGAGCCCCUGACAAAAGACUCUCAUCACGGGCACACGUGUAUCAUUGCGCGUUUGUCAAUGUCCUCGGAGACCGCCUUGCUCUCUAUGGCGAGGCGGCUGUGAAGGAUGGAUAUGGAUACUGGUCGCUGCACGUCUGGAAUUGGCAUGAAGGUGUUCAAGCUGAUGUGGGCGUCUUUUUCCCUCUAUCAUUCAAAAAUUCUCAUUCAACCUUUCCCUAUAUUAAGGACAUAUGUGUGGUCGGCGAAGGUUACCGUAGCUUUUCCGAAAUCCGCUUUCUUACCAAAGAAAAGCUUUUAGCUUUCACAAGCUACGGCCAUAUAGAACCAUAUGACGUUGAGGACCUAUCAAAGGCACCACGGCUUCAGGCAAGAUUUACGUUGCCCUAUAAUAGUAGCAAUAUGCACCUGUAUGGCAUUCAAUAUCCUCCGGUUCUUCACAGCGCCUCGAGUUGUGCACAUCUGGCGACACCCGAUAAUCAUUGGAUUUGGACCACAAACACGGCAGAUCGAGUCUUAUGCCUAUCGAAUCGGGGUCCCGGUCCGCUUUUUGUCAUAACUGCUCGCCUGUUUUUCAUGAAUAUUCCUCCAUCAUGGUUUGAUGCGACCUCAGAAGAUGGACUGUCUGUUCCUUGGUCAUCAUGGGGCCCACAGAACAGUCGCUGCUUCUCCGGGAGUCUUCAUGGAGCGGGAGGAUCUCGUGUGGUAUCGUUUGCUAAACUGAAUAAUUACAACGACCAGGACCCUGUUCUGCUGCGGAUGAUGGAUUUCAAUACCUCCGCUGUGGCGCGCGGCAUCGGCAAGGUAGUUCGGGAGGCUACCACUUACCACUCAUUUAACAAGGACGAGAUGUCAGUGACAACAUACCUUCCUUACAUCGAAGCAAUCAGCAGCUGUAUUCUUCACAAUAACGCUCUCUCUUUCGCAUUGGAUGAGGAACAGGUGGCGCUAUUAGAGCAGUCUGAGUGUAUUUCCACCUGUCAAGUUAAUGAUGUUCAACAUCUCCCUGAGUAGGAUGUCAUCAUCUUGUGGGUGCAAAUGUUAAGAUAAUCGGCCCACAGUCUACAUCACCAUCAUCGAUGCACGAUGUCGUAUGAUGGCAUUGUGUUUUACGAGACGAUCCAAAAUUCAGAGGCGUCACCCAAUGGCUAAUCUAUCAUACAAGCAUUUUACUACAUUCGCUUUUUGAUUUCGAAUACAAGUGUUUUUGUUUGUCAGUUACGAAUAAAACUAUGUAGAAGGAUUAAAAAACUCAAAAAUUGCAAGUUGAAGCACGUUGAAGCAGAUUGCCUUCAAGGCACAUCGUACGACCAGACCCUUAUAGGGCUCGUACGUACCAUCUCUAAGAGG